AUGGUCUCCCUCAUGGGCAUUGCUAGUAGUAUUGCAGUGCCAAAAGCACGGAUCUGCACUGACGUUGCCUAUCCUAUAGAUGACCUCUGGAGAUACUACGACCAACUAACGAAUACCCGCAGGCUGCUUGGCACGUCCCAAGACGUAGCUAAGUUGGAAGCCCAAGAAGCGGAAGAACUGGAGAAGGAUGUCGAGCAUAUGGCUAAACUGAAAUAUAUGAAAAGCGUCGAACUUUACUACCAGGACCGCAGGAGAGCCCUGAAGAAGUACGACGAGAAAGCCAGAGAUAUGCUCCGACGGGAAAAUGCGAGACCCACUCCACGCAUCGAAAGGAGAGCCAUGGAGCAACUAGACACGUUCUCCACGCCUCCGAGGGAAGAUAGUGCAUGGGUGAGAGGACAGCAGGAACUAUCAACGACAGACGCAACAGAGACUGAUCAUCCCUGGCACGCGUAUGUCUACUGGGAGUAUUGCAGCGAAGAUGACUGCAAGCUCCACUGGAAAAAGAAACACCAGAAUCAGUUGUUUCCCCGAUCCUCGCCCAGGAUACACUUCAGAGACGCAGAGCAAGUUCACGCCCUCAGGCGAAGCCAGUCUGAAGGAGACUUGCCUAUCAAAAGCGAACAGGUAUACAAGAAAUACCCACAUCUGCUAGACGAAGCAGAAGAGCGAGGGAAACGAUCUCCCCAAGGUUGGUCUUGAGCUUUGGGUGGGCAGGGUAGAGGGAUGCUAAUGCGGGGUAGGGAGGUGAAACCUGGAAAGGUGGGUGUGCGGUUGGUUUGAGCCCACUGCUGGAGAACGGUCGAGCUGGUAAUGUUCAUUUUGAUAGUGUGUGGCUUGACGUAUCGUGAUGUGCAGCUUGAUGGUGGAGACGCAAGUUGGAACAACCUUCCCUGACAAGAAUCCAGAAACAGAUGUCCAUGUUGGCUGCCUGCGUUAAUCGACUCAAAUAGCUACAGCUCCAUAACCUCCUCAGCAACGUGCCAUAUUGGUUCGGAUCGAGUCCAGAUCCAAUUCAGCUUACGUCUUAGCCUGCACGGAUCGGAUUUCACCCGCCGAAACGCAGCACAGGCCCAGGUGCUUAAGAGGUGGUAGCUUGGAAUGAUUUUAGUACUUUGAGUCAGGCAGCAGGAUUGAAAUCUAAUGG